CUGUGUGUGUAAGAGUCAUAGUGGAAGAAAUUGGAAAGUAGUGAGGAAAAUCAUGUCAUCUGCUACUUCCAUUGGAUUAUCAGCAAAUUCGUGGUUGCGCUAUCACGUAUCAAUGCCUCCUUCAUGUUUUCCAGUUUCAGUGUCUUAUUCUUCUUCUUCAAACUCUUCUAAGUUCUGCCAUUAUAUUCGGAGAGCAUCCUAUGAAGGUCUUCCUAAUGAGGUGGUUGAGGACUCCAAAUUCGUUCCUUUGAAUGCAGAGGAUCCUAUAUAUGGUCCACCUGCCUUAUUGUUGUUGGGCUUUGAAGCAGAUGAAGCUUUGAAGAUCCAACAGCUUUUAAAAGAGUUAGAUGGUGAAUUCCUCAAGGUCAUCUAUUGCACAGAAGACAUGAUUACAAGUUCACUUUGGGAGGCAAUGCAUACAACACAACAGAGUCUGGAAGAGGUCAAGAUAGCCAAGUCACUUCCCCGGAUAUGUUUCUUGUCUGGUUUAAGCGGAGAGGAGAUGAUGAUGUUCAUAGAUUCUUUUCCGGAAACUGGACUAAAACCAGCUGCAUUUGCUGCACUUGUUCCUAACAGUGCUAAUAAACCCCUGCAGGAAUUGAUAGAAGAAGUAAAGGGGGACCAUGAGACGUUGACUGGAGAAGAGUUAUGAAAAUCUGAAUUCCCAUUUAAUCCAAGGAAGCAAUGGGAAAAGCAACCUGUUCUGAUAAAUCUACACUAAUAAAUCUCAAUCACGAUAGGAAUUUAAGUGUAGAAAAUUUGUUAUUGUUCCCAACUGUUUUACAUAGUACUUAAUUGGAUAUUCUGUCGUUAGUAGUAACUUCUGGAAAAUAUGGAUGGAAUCUUAUUCUGUGGUAAAUUGUAUAUUCUAAAACUCAUAAAUUUGUACUGAAAGUUGAGCCUUAAGGCAGAACAAAAUUUUAAGCAAUUUUUGGAUGACGUUUGACCAAUAAGAGUUGUAAAAGUAUUUAGUCGUGUUAAGAGAAUAUUCUGAACUUGUAAAAAUUAAAUGUUUCUCAUCCACAAAAUUCAAUCGGGAAACUUUGCUCAAGAAGAUAUCAUUCAAUAUUUGAACCAACAAUUUCUCGAAUCUGAAAUAAAGAGAGUUAACU